GAAAGAAAGACGAGCGAGAGAGAGAGAGUCCAGCCCACUCCGCUAAAACCAUUCAACUGGUGAGCGAGGGAAGGCAUUCACCACAGAGAGAGAGAGAACGAGGUGGACUGUGAGCUGAGCUCAACUUUGCAGCUUCCAAACUUCUGAGAGAGAACGUGAGAGAGCGAGCAGAGGAGGAGGAAGGUGAAUCUCAAACACUCUUCUUCUUCAUCCAGGACUCAGUUUUUCUUCACUUUUCUACCAAACUCGACUCUUCUUCGUCUCCUCGGCUCUGUUUGAGCACCCGGCAGCAUCACUGAAUCUCCUGCCGUCAUGUCGCUGUUGCCCUUGCUCAGCUGGACCCUCCUGCUCCUGGUCCAGGUGCAGAGCAGCGUUUCCGCCUCGGACCCGGCGGGGCCCGGGCUCCAGCUGCUUUCCCUGACCGUCCACCCUCACCACCAGCCGGACGCCGGCUCCCACUGCCCCUCCUGCGCCCUGGCCAGGAUGCGGAGGAACGAAGGGGUCACAGCGGGGGAUGGCAUGGCGAGGGGGCACGAGCAAGAUGAAGAUGAGGCGGCUCAGCAAGACGUGGUGGAGGCGGUGAAGAGGCACAUCCUCAACAUGCUGCACCUCCAGGCCCGACCCAACAUCACCCGGCCCGUGCCGCGCGCCGCGCUCCUCAACGCCCUGCGCAAGCUCCACGUGGGGCGAGUGGCGGAGGACGGCAGCGUGCAGAUCGAGGGGGAGGAGGAGGUGAGAGGGAGGGGAAGCCGAGGAAGAGGAGGAGGGGCAGCAGCACCAUCGGUGGCGGGAGCUCGGGCGGGAGACGGCGGCGAUGUUCAGGAGACGACGGAGAUCAUCACCUUCGCCGAGCCCGGUGAGGUUCCGGGCACGGUGAACUUCGUCCUCUCCAAAGAAGGUGGCGACCUCUCUCUGGUGGAGCAGGCCAACGUCUGGCUCUUCCUCCGUUUAGCCAAGACCAACCGCAGCCGAGCCAAAGUCACCAUCCGCCUCUUCCAGCAGCACCACCCGUCCGGCGGACGUCCAUCUCUGCCGCAGGACGACACCCUCCUAUCAGAGAAGACGGUGGACACCCGCCGCAGCGGCUGGCACACCUUCCCGGUGUCAGCGGCCGUGCAGGCCCUGCUGCAGAGCGCCACAAGCACGACACUGAGCCUCAGGGUGUCCUGCCCGCUCUGCGCCGACACCGGCGCCACCAUCGUCCUGGUCUCGGGCAGCGCUGACACAUCGCAGCGCAACAACCAGCGGGAGCAGUCCCACCGGCCCUUCCUCAUGGCCGUGGUCCGGCAGGGAGACGGCAGCGACUCGCAGCGGCGCAGGAAGCGCGGGCUGGAGUGUGAUGGGAAGGUGCGUGUCUGCUGCAAACGGCAGUUCUACGUCGACUUCAAAGACAUUGGCUGGAACGACUGGAUAAUCGCUCCACGCGGUUAUCACGCCAACUAUUGCGAGGGCGAAUGCCCCUCCCACGUGGCGAGCAUCACCGGGUCCACGCUGUCCUUCCACUCCACUGUCAUCAGCCACUACCGCAUGAGAGGCUACAGCCCCUUCCAGAACGUGAAGUCGUGCUGCGUGCCAACCCGCCUACGAGCCAUGUCCAUGCUGUACUACAACGAGGAGCAGAAGAUCAUCAAGAAGGACGUCCAGAACAUGAUCGUGGAGGAGUGCGGCUGCUCGUAGACGCAGACCUGAGCGGGACAGGAGGAGCACCUCUGAACCCAGAGAGGGAGGAAGCUGACUCUAGGAUCAUCACGUCACUUUUAUUGACUGUGUUUCAUCCUUCGCCUCCUUCCGUCCCUCGAGGUCGCCCUCUGGGGUAAAAAACUCUGCUCCAGACUCGUCCAGCAGAACUCAGAGAGUCUCCACGGCACUUUCAAAAAAAGAGAAGAAAAAAAGCUCUAAUAUAUUUUUGUUACAAACGGAGGAGCGAAGCUUAUUUAUGUGGCUGAGACGUUCAAGCACCGCUGAACCGACUUCGGAGAGACGAGGUGCCUGAAAAAAAUGCGACAAAAGAAGAAAAAAAUCUCAAAACUAUGCAACUUGUUUCACGUUUUCAGACCUUAUUGUACUUUAUUUGUCUCCGUUUGUCGGCUCCCCAAAUGUUUACUUUCUCAAAAUGUUGGAGGAAGACAGAAGAAGACUCUUGUACUUUAUUUAGAAGUAUACGUGUGUGUGUGUGUGUGUGUGUGUGUGUGUGUGUGUGUG